UUUGACUAAAGUCGGCGCGCCUAAAAAUUGUCGUCUGUCAGGGUUGCUAUAAAGUGUUUAGUGGACGUUUUUGAAGUUAGCUUAGCAGUUCAAGAUUCCAAAUAGAAAUGGCAAAUAGCAGAGCUACGAAAUCCGGACUUGCUCUUGAGAGCCAAAAUAAGAUCUCCAAUAAAUAUGAUAGUGAAUCAGCUGAAAAAUGUUUAGUAUGGCUUAAGGAUAUUUUAGAGGACAAUGGUAUGGAUGGCCCAACAUGUACAUCUGGAGAUCAAAAAAAUUUAUAUGAACAAUUAAAAGAUGGUCUUUUAUUAGGAAGAUUAGCUAAUGUAUUAGCUCCUGGUGCCAUUAAUCCAAAGAAAUUAGGUGCACCUCCAGGUCUUGCCUUUAAACAAAUGGAACUUAUUGGUAUCUUUGCUCAAAAAUGCAGAGACUUUGGUGUCCCCGAUGUGGAAAUAUUUCAAACUGUUGAUUUGUAUGAACAAGUUAACCUUCAUCAAGUAGUUGUGUGUCUUAGCUCCACAGCCAGGAAGGCUCAAAGUAAAGGAAUGAAAGGAUUUGGACCUAAAGAAUCUGAAGCUAAUGUCCGUAACUUUUCGGAGGAACAAUUGAAAGCUGGACAAGGUGUCAUUGGAUUGCAGAUGGGUAGCAACAAAGGUGCGUCACAAGCUGGUCAAAGUUUUGGUAAAGCCAGACACAUUGUGGAUUAAAAAGAAACAUGUGCACCAGUUGAUACACACAAAAAAUAACAGACAGAAAACUUGUGAUCAGUAAACAUUAGAAAGAUAAAUAAGACUUAUCUUUGUGAUACUAGCAUAAUGCUUGUUAUAUUAGGUAACUUCAUAUCAAUUCAGAGGAUCAAUGGAAUUGCAAUGAAUGUGAUUCAUAGAAGGUAUGAUCGUUCUGUUUAUUAAUGAAAGUCAUUUUCUCUAUUUAGUUAAAGUUAUGUGGAAAGCCAUUCCUCCAUGACAUGUUCUAUGUACUAGAUUCACAUAAAGGCAUUAUAUAUGACAAAAAAAGAUAAAUUCUUAUAUUGACCUAAGAAAUCUCAUUGUACAAUUAUCUCAUUUUUGCUGUGAAUAGUGUACACUGCGAUUUGCUUUAAGCUUUUCAAACUAGAUUGGUUUGUUUUUUACAAUUUUGUUAUUUUUGUUUGUUAAAGAUAUGAAAUCGGAGCCAUUCAUUUCCUAAUUUUCCAUGCUGAGGAACGUGAUGUUAAUAUAAUAUAAAUUUACUGAGGACCAAUUUUGAGCUUCAUGUGCUUCUAUUAUUUCAUAGUCAUAAUCAUUAUAUAGCAAUAUAGAUGAUAGUUUUCAGUGCCUGAUCAAGAAUCUUUUUAUAUUUUCAUUAUAAUUGUCCAAAGAACUAAAUUCACUAUGCAUAUUUAUGGCAUUGUUAUAUUUAUAUCCAUGUCAGAUUAAAAUAAAAUACAUUUUUAUCUUGA